CAGGCCCGGGCCGGGCCCUGGUAGGUGUCUGUGACCGCCGGGAGAGGGGGGACUAGGCCCGACCCUGACACCGCCCCCCUCCGCUGCUCCGGCCCGCAGCCUCCAAAAUCCAGGAGGGACCACGCCAUCACCUCCAGCCAUGGCUUGUGAGGUUGGGCCAAAGGCAGCCGAUAGCACCUUCUCGUCUGACAGACAUGCCCAGAUCAUCCUGGCCCAGAUUAACGAGAUGCGGAGUGGGCAGGAUUUCUGUGAUGUGCAGCUGCAGGUGGGGGACGCUGAGUUCCGUGUGCACCGGCUGGUACUGGCUGCCAGCAGCCCCUACUUUGCAGCCCUCUUCACCGGGGGGAUGAAGGAAUCCUGCAAAGAUGAGGUGCAGAUCUUGGGCAUUGAAGCGGGGAUUUUCCAGACUCUUCUGGAUUUCAUCUACACAGGUGUGGUGAACAUAGGUGUGAACAAUGUCCAGGAGCUGAUAGUGGCCGCCGACAUGCUCCAGCUGACUGAGGUGGUGGACCUAUGCUGCGAGUUUCUGAAAGGCCAGGUAGAGCCGUCCAACUGCAUUGGUAUCUUCCAGUUCUCAGAACAGAUCGCUUGCCAUGACCUCUUGGAGUUCACAGAGAACUACAUCCACGUGCAUUUCCUGGAAGUGAGUGGUGGGGAAGAAUUUUUGGCACUGACAAAAGAUCAGCUGAUUAAGAUUCUGCGAAGUGAAGAGCUGAGCAUUGAAGAUGAGUACCAGGUGUUCUUGGCCGCCAUGCAAUGGGUUCUGAAGGACCUGAGCAGGAGGAAGAAGCAUGUGGUUGAGGUCCUAGAGCCUGUCAGAUUCCCCCUGCUGCCUCCUCAGAGGCUGGUCAAGUACAUCGAAGGAGUCCCUGACUUCAGUCUCCGAGUGGCCCUGCAGACACUAUUGAAAGAGUAUUGUGAGAUGGGCAAGCCUCCCAAGGAUAACAGGUUCUGCAAUUUUUUGCAGACCUCCAAGGUGCGGCCUCGGAAGAAAGCAAGGAAGUACCUUUAUGCUGUAGGAGGAUACACCCGGCUGCAGGGGGGCCGAUGGAGCGACAGUAGAGCCCUCAGCUGCGUGGAGCGUUUUGACACCUUCAGCCAGUACUGGACCACGGUGUCUUCCCUCCACCAGGCCCGCAGCGGCCUGGGAGUGGCAGUCGUGGGAGGAAUGAUCUAUGCCAUCGGAGGGGAAAAGGAUUCAAUGAUCUUUGACUGCACUGAGCGCUAUGACCCAGUCACAAAGCAGUGGACAACAGUGGCUUCCCUGAACCAGCCUCGCUGUGGCCUUGGGGUGUGCGUGUGUUAUGGGGCUAUCUAUGCUCUAGGUGGAUGGGUUGGAGCAGAGAUAGGGAACUCUAUUGAACGAUUUGAUCCUGAGGAAAACAGCUGGGAAAUUGUGGGCAGCAUGGCCGUACCUCGCUACUACUUUGGCUGCUGUGAGAUCCAAGGUUUAAUCUACGUGGUUGGCGGCAUCAGCAAUGAGGGCAUGGAGCUCUGUUCCGUUGAAGUAUACAACCCAGUUUCCAAGUGUUGGUCCUCUCUGCCUCCAAUGGGGACCAGGAGGGCCUAUCUGGGGGUGGCUGCCCUCAAUGACUGCAUCUAUUCGAUUGGAGGGUGGAAUGAGACCCAGGAUACCCUGCACACUGUAGAAAAAUAUUCCUUUGAGGAGGAGAGGUGGGUUGAAGUUGCAUCUAUGAAAGUUCCCCGAGCUGGUGUGUGUGUGGUGGCGAUAAAUGGCCUUCUCUAUGUUUCUGGAGGCCGGUCUUCCAGCCACGACUUCUUGGCCCCAGUCACCUUGGACUCCGUUGAAGUGUACAACCCUCACUCUGACACAUGGACUGAAAUUGGUAACAUGAUCACUAGUCGAUGUGAAGGGGGUGUGGCUGUGCUGUGAACAGCAUCAGGAGAACCUGGGGUCAUAGAAGAGGAUGCUGGGGCUUGGAGCAGGACUAGGGGAGAGAGAGAGAGAGAGAGAGAGGCCCCAAGAUCAGAACUUUGGAUGCUCCCAAGUGCAGAAAGGGCUGAAGAGCAGGCUGGAGCAGUGCUCCUGGGAGUGGUAUGGGACAGGAUGGCAUCUGUAAUAGGCAGAGCCCACCUUGGCAGUGACUCAUGCAGCUUGCAUUUCCAGACCUAUCUUGCUCAAGGACCCAUGCUGUCCUUUUUUUGGGGCAGGAGCUCCUGGCAGGGAUUCUUCCUGUGUAGUUUAAGUACUCCACUACCCAACAAAAAAUAUACACUGCCAAUUUCACUGGCUCCAGAGAGGGAGGGAAAUCAAGAAAAUGACUGCCCAGCCCCUAUUGCCAGGUAGUAUCUUUCAUUGGCACCAAACCCUCAAUUGGUAGCACAUUUACUGGUAGCAGUCCUGUUGGGAGCUCAUGGAAAAAACAUGACUUGCUCUUUUUCCCUUAGUCCCCCUGCUGAGUGGGCAAGUUCAGAAAUACCCAGGCUCUUGACAUGGUGGCCACACAGGAACCCCACUCUAUUGCCCAGAGAUGAUGCCUCCUUAGCUUUUAGAAAAGGGUGAAGCUUCAGGGCUCCAUUCUGUACCUCCUCCAGCUGUUCCUAUAAGGACUCAUACUCUAUGCCUGCCUAUGAAGCUUCCUUAGAGAGCCCUCAGAAGGGCUACCCAACUUCCUUGGUCCCCUUCCCACCUUGCCUGCUCACUCCCAUUUUUACCUCCAGGCUUUUGGCAGGGAGUGUGAUCAUGGGAUGACAGAGAGGAAGGCUUUAGCCUAGAACUGCUUCUCUGCUACUUGCUUGCCUGUGCUAGCUUCAGCUCCCCAGUUCUCAAGGGCUUGGUAUACCCUGGACCCCUGAGUCAUUGAUAGAGCAGUUUGGCAGCUUUUUAAUUUCCUUACUGUGGCAUUCUAAGCAUUGGCUGCAUUAGGUCCAAAAAGCUUACUUAGUAAACCUUAGCAAAGGCACUUUUGAUGUAGAAAUUCCUGUAAGUCACUAUUUCCUCACCUGGAGAAUGUGACCAUAAUAGCACCUGCCUCACAGGGUUGUGAGGAUCCGACGAAUUAAUCUAUGUGUAAAGUGCACUGCAAAUGCCAGCUUUUCUCUGCUUCUAAUAAACACUGGAAAGAUUUUGCUUGCA